UGAAAAAAAGUUGAAGAGUUAUUUUAUAAAAAAAAACCAGAUAUGUCUAAAUUUUGGAGUAAAAACAGAGUUUCUGAUGAUCCAAAGUUUUCCCAGAAAAAAACACCUAUUUCUUUUUUAAAUACAUCUACACCAGCAAAAAUACAGAAACCUAAGAAAAUAUUUGUAGAAGAUAAAGCGACACUUUUAUCUAUUCUAGAAGAUGUAAACCAUAGAUUAUAUAAUGAAGCCAAAGUUAAACAAGAAAGAAAGAAAGAGUUAGAGACAAUUAGAUCUAUGAAAAAAUCGAAGAUUGAGGCGAGAAAACAAGCUAAAAAGAAUAAAAAACAAGAAAAAUGGGAAAGUGCAUUAGCGAAAGCUAGAAACAAAAAACACUCGGUUUCUCAUGAUUGAUUAAUUAGUAUAAUAAUAUAAAAAUCCAGACUAUUUGAUAACACC